AUUACCAUUAGUGGGUAAUGUAGAGAGAGAUAGAGGAGAGAGAGAGAGAUGGGAUGAUGCUUUUCGAUUUGGUUAACGUCGGAAAGUUGUGUAAGAAAGAGAUGGUUCUUUCUUUCCCAUUUCUCCUUAGGACAACCAAUAAGAAGAUAAAAUGAGAGAGAUACACAACAAGAGAGAGAGAUAGAUUUUUCAAAUCAGUAAAGUAUUAGUAGUACACUUCAAAGAAAGAGAAUCCAAACAGAGAGUGAUCUAUCUAUUGAAGAAAAAAAAAAAAGUAAACAAGGUUUCCAGUCUCCUGAUGAUGAGUGAGAAACAAAUGAGUUUUAGAGAGAGAACGGGUUGCCACUGAAACCCCUAAAGUUGUGGCUCUGAUGCAAUAGCAGUACUCAUAAACAACUCAAAUCUCUCAAACCUCAAGCUUAUGAGAAUAUAUAUGUAUUUAUAUACGUAUAUUGUUUAAAGUGAUUGAGAGGUCGAAGUGUUUGAGAAAUGUGGGAUCUGAACGACUGGCCUAGUCAGAGAAGGGAUGAUGAAUCUGAAGGUGGUUCUUCGCCGGUCGACGGCGAAGACGACAACGACAAGGGUAAAAGGGUUGGAUCCGAAUCGAAUUCGAGCUCCUCUGCGGUGGUGAUUGAAGAAAAUUCCGAGGAAGAGGAUGGCGAAAGAGGAGGGAGAAAGCGGAGCAGCAAGAUAUUCGGGUUCUCGGUGUCUCCCCGCCAUGACCUUAACUUCCCGUCGCCGGUGACGAGGCAGUUUUUCCCGGAAAUGGGGACCACAUCGGACGGUGCUGGCGUAAACGGAGCAACAAAUUUGCCCAAUGCUCACUGGGUCGGAGUCAAAUUCUGCCAUUCGGAGCCUGUUGCCGGAAUUGCCGGGAAGACGUCGGAGAUUUCGCAGCCUCUAAAGAAGAGCCGCCGUGGGCCGAGGUCUCGUAGCUCGCAGUACAGAGGCGUUACCUUUUACCGGCGAACCGGCCGGUGGGAAUCACAUAUAUGGGAUUGUGGGAAACAAGUUUACCUGGGUGGAUUUGACACUGCUCAUGCCGCUGCACGUGCAUAUGAUAGGGCAGCUAUCAAGUUUCGUGGUGUGGAGGCAGACAUAAAUUUCAGCCUUGAAGAUUAUGAGGAAGACUUGAAGCAGAUGAGCAACUUAACCAAGGAAGAAUUUGUGCAUGUCCUUCGGCGGCAAAGUACUGGUUUUCCUAGAGGAAGCUCCAAAUAUAGAGGUGUAACCUUACACAAAUGUGGAAGAUGGGAGGCCAGAAUGGGCCAAUUGUUGGGGAAAAAGUAUGUGUAUUUGGGUCUCUUUGACACUGAAAUUGAAGCUGCAAGGGCUUAUGACAAAGCUGUGAUUAAGUGUAAUGGCAAGGAGGCUGUCACAAACUUUGAUCCCAGCGUCUAUGACAAUGAGCUCAAUUCCACUGACCGUGCUGGGAAUGUAACAGACCACAAUCUAGAUUUGUGCUUGGGAAGUUCGGGCUCAAAGCAAAACGGGGGAAAUUUGGUGGUUGAUAUUCAAACCGCCACCGCAAUUGAUCAGCAUCCUGCAUCUAUGCUUUUCGAAGCUGAUUGGCACAAUCAGGGAUUUAGGUCCAAGCAUCUUAACAGUGAUGCCUACCGAAGAAAUGUGUGGAAUGAGACUCAAACCACGCAGCUUCCGAGCCAAACCCAUCUUCAGCCUUCUUCAAACGCAGCACAAAUGCACAGAUAUGGGCAAUUCGUUAAGCCCGGUGAACCACAUGUGCUUCAUAUGCUUCAACCGCAGCUCACCUCAUCAAAUUAUCAAAUUCAGUUUCCAAGCAGCAGCAAUGGAGGCCAGAUGGCCACAAGCGAUCGACGAUGGCAUCCAAUGCCUUCCCAAGUGUUUGCAACUGCUGCAGCAUCAUCAGGAUUCCCACAGCAGAUAACUAGACAUCAAAACUGGCUCCAGGAAAAUGGGUUCUAUGCUAGCACGAGACCCUCUUGACCAUUCUUAUUUUUCUGCUCUUUUACUCUCAUCUUCUCCUAAUAUUAUUAUCAUCAAAGGCUUCAUGUUUGUAAGCAUUUUAAUUCCAAUGCUUCAAGCAUUUUUUCCAAUUCUCAAAA